AUGUAUCAACCAGUAGCUUUCUCCGUCAGAGAGUUAUUCAGUGAUGCCACGACCGACCAUGCAUGGCCCGUGCAGGUGGACUUCGACUUCGCAGCCGAGCGCAACGCUCUCGAGCCUUGUCCGCCACACUCGACGAGCAUUCAAAUGAAGACCAAGCCCAACCUAUUGGAGAUGCAGAAACCCCAGGAUUACCGGCUCCUGGGCUUUGAGGCACCGGCCAGGCUGAUCUUCUGUGCGACACCCGAUGCGGUUGUCAUAGUCGGGUACUUGCAUCCCAAGUACCAACGUUCCACCCGCGGUUGA